GUGUCCCUGCAAGCAGGCCUCGCUUAUUGGGAGUGCCGACGCCGGCCCGGCUACUGGAGCUGCUGAAUAUGUCACUCUUUUAGAGGAAAGUGUUGCUCAACAGAGCUGCCCGGCCUUCUUCCUUGCCUGCACACUUCUUGAAACUCUCACCGAGCACUUCCAAGGACCCGGCAAUGCUCUUGUAGGGCGUGCCCUCCGCCUUGCUGAACAUUUGCCGUCUGCUGUCACGGUUGACCUGUCCUCGGUCUCCCUUCCACUCAGACAGUCACUUGACCAGGUUGUCAGAUGGACCCUACCUGGUGCAUGGCCGCUCAGCAAGGACCUGCCCAAGGGUCUGCAAUUGCCUGCUUGUGUCAAGCGCUUCCUUUCGCACUGCGAGUCGGGAACUGCCACAUUCUUUGAGGGGCUUUCGGUUUACACUGAUGGUUCUUUUGAUGGCAAUACAGCCUCCUGGGCGUUUUGUGUCUUCGGACUUGCCUAUGGUAAGCUCUUCUUCCUUGGGUGGGCCGCAGGCCGGGUACCUACUAAGGCCGGGGACGCGCUCUCCCUCAGAGCUGGUAAUGCCAGUGCCCUGUGUGGGGAACAGCAUGCCAUCCUUUGGGCUGCCACUUGGAUGUUGCAGUGCCCUUCGCACUUACGGUCCAGCAUUCUUUCGGACUGCCUGGUAGCAUUGAGCCAGGCGACCGGUGUUUACGGAUGGUCUGAUACGGAAGGCAUAGCACCGCUUUGCCGUGCCGCUAUGCAGGCCGCCUGUGCGGCUCGACCAACUUUAGAUCAGAGCAUUUCUCAUGUCCGCUCCCACCAGGGAUGCCCGCCCAACGAGCUCGCGGAUGUGCUCGCAAAGCAUUUUAAUGCCGGUGGAGAAGAGACUCCCAACCCACAUCAGGUUUGGGUAGCCCAGCGGAUCCGAGAGGGUGCACUUGAAUGGCUGUGGGUACAAAUUGAAGCCGCCAUCACUCCAGAGCACUGGCCCACGCAGGUCGGAUCCUCGCUUGUAGAUCAUUGUCGUCACAGUGAUGCAGAGCCACUCACGGCGUCUGAGUGCCGCCGAUCUGCUGCCACAACCCCUCCGCCUGAGGAAGGCUUCACUGGCAGGGCCAGGUACCUCAGGGAGCAGUUGCAACACCAGGGCAUCCAGGUUGCCGCCCUGCAAGAGGAUACGGGCGGUAACUUUGGUUGUGAACUUUGGUUCUCACGCACCAUCCCGUUCAUCGGAGGACUCCAAGUGCUGUUUGUCUCCCUACAUGCUCCGGUAGCAGGGAGCCCGGGUCGGCAAGAAUGGUGGAAAUCCCUCUUCGAGCGCAUUUUGCGGUUUCGUCGAGGGGCUGCUGUUGUACUGGCAGGAGAUUACAAUGCCGGAUUCAGCACUCAGCUUAGUGGUUUGGUUGGAGAUUUGGUGUGGCCGACCAAACAUGACACACCAGCUGGACUCCUUGCAAUAUUACAACAGUGCGGCCUUUGGGUCCCGAGCACAUUCAGUGAGUGUCAUUCUGGGCAACAUGAGACCUGGGUGUCGCCUAGUGGCACCUCAGGGGCCAGGCUUGACUACUUCUCGCUGCCCACUUAUUGGGGCGUUGCCCCGAAGAGCACAUGGAUCGACGCUUCGAUUGACUGGGGCCAGUCUAGGGCCGAUCACUAUGGACUUGUAGUCCAGACGCACUUUCAGGCUAGAGCUGCGCCACAAUGCAAGCGUAAAGGAGUGCGUCUUGACAGAGAGGCCAUGUGCACAGCUGAAGGCAGAGUGACCGUUGCCGCAAUUUGCCAUGGCUUGCCCCUGCAACCUUGGACAAGUAAUGUGCAUCGGCACUAUGCUGAGCUUGAGCGUCACCUGACUGCUGCUCUGUCGAUCGCCUUCCCAUGCCAACGGGGCAAUUGCCGCACUUCUUAUUUUAGUACGGCUACCUGGGAAAUGAGACAAAAAAGAUCAUGGUUGCGACGACAAAUUGCCAAGGAGCGCAAUUCUCUCAGGCUUGCUGAGGCACUUGCUGCUCUUUGCAGCCUUAACCGGGCUUUGCCGGUUAAUGUGGGCCGAAUUCUUGCCUUCUUCCCGAUUAUGCGAUCCGUCCGAAGGUUUGCUGCGCUUGUUGCUGAUAUGCAGAAGGCCAAAUGCAGUCUGAAACACCUCAUCAGAAGUGACAUCCACCGUAGGAUCUCUGAGACGGCUGCCACCGCAGCCGCUAUCCCAACCGCUGAUGUCGUGACCAGGCUCCGCCCCCUCCUUGGCCCGGCUAAGCGCAAGGCCCACAAACAACAGGCUCUGCAGUCUGUCUGCCGUGCCGAUGGCACCGUCGCUCAGACCCCAGAUGAGGCCGAAGACCUUUGGGUCAAGCAUUUCGCUGGCAUCGAGGCAGGUGUCUGCAUAGAUCCAGUAGUCUUUGCCCGAGAGGUACAGGCGACACAGACAGGCAAGGAUUUAGACGGUUACUGUCUUACCACGGAAGACGUACCAUCUCGCCUAGAGCUUGAAGACUCACUGAGGAGGACUCAGACGGGGCGGGCUUUUGGACUUGACAACGUGCCAGGUGAGGUUCUGCACGUCGCCGCGGGAGCCUCCUCCCGCGCCCUUUACCAGCUGUUUUUGAAGAUGUCGCUCCGAGUUGCUGAGCCGGUUCAAUUCAAGGGAGGGAGUCUUUUCGCAAUCUGGAAAGGGAAAGCAAGCACCUCUCAAUGUUCGGCCUACAGAGGCAUACUCGUCAGUUCGUCUCCUGGCAAGGCCUUCCAUCGCACAGUGCGAGGCCGCUCAGUCGGCCCCCUGCGAGAGUUUGGCCACGACAUGCAAAUCGGAGGACUGCCUAGGUUCCCGGUUGUCAUGGCAUCACACUUUGUAAGGCUCUUUCAGGAAGGCAAGCACCAUCGGAGAGAGAGCUACGGCCUUCUCUUCCUGGACCUCCGUGAGGCCUUCUACAGGGUGGUCAGGCCCCUUCUCGUCGGCUCUGCCUGCCACGACGAGGAACUCGCCAGGGUCGUCCAGGCCGUUAGGCUUCCUCCUGAGGUCAUGCAUGAACUCCAUAGGCAUCUCAGCUCUCGUUCGGUCCUUGCUGAGGCCGGGGCCUCGCAAUGGACCGAGGCGUGCAUUGCCGAGGCAUUAGACGGCACAUGGUUUAGGUUCCAGGGUGGUGAGCGUGUUGUCCGCACCGGAAUCGGAUCCCGCCCAGGGGACAACCUUGCUGACGUCUGCUUCUCGUUCAUCUUCGCCAAAGUACUCAAAUCCGUCCAGGAUGAGCUUCGCUUUCAGAGAGCCCUGCCGGAAAUCCCCUGGUCUCCACUGAUGUUGGGGAACAUUUUCCCAGUCGAAACCGACAACGUUGACACAAUUCACCCCUUGGACUCUACUUGGAUGGAUGAUGCCUCCUUCCUUGUUGAAGCACCCUCCGCCCGGGACCUGCCUUCUGUCUUACAAAUCAUGGGCAGGGCUGUUAUCGACUCCUGUGUUGCCAGAGCACUUCUUCCUAACUUGGAUAAGGGUAAAACUGAGUUCGUCGCCAGUCCUGUCGGACCGGGCUCCAGGGUUGUACGAGCUGAGCUCUUUUCAGGGCAGGAGCCCAAGCUCUGCUUGGGAUGCCGUCUCUGGCCGUCUGCAUCGGUCCGUUUGGUGCCUACCUAUCAGCACCUUGGCGGCUUCAUCCAUCAUGAUGCCACUCUCUCGCGUGAGCUGAGACAUCGGGUUGGUCUUGCUUGGAAGGCCUUCAAUGAUAGGAAGAAGAAGGUCUUCGCCGCCCCUGCCGUUGGACGUCGAGAUAAGGUCGUGCUCUUUGAGUCCCUUGUGCUGACCAUCUUACUGUACGGGGCUGGUUCCUGGUGCGUCCUUGGGAGCCGGGAGUUGGCCAUUCUGACCACAGCAUACCACAGCAUGGCGUGCCAUAUGCUCAGGCCGGAGUUCCCUUACGAGCGGGCUAUCCAUUUGAGCCGUAGCCGAGUCUUGGCUCUUCUCGGUCUCCCCUCCAUGCCGGUGCUGUUCGACAGGAAAAGUGGGCCUCUUCUGCGGGCCACCACCUUGGACUACUAUGUCGACAGCUUCGACAGGUCUUUGCGACGUAUCAGGAAGGCCCCUGACGAGGGCAAAUUUCAGGCCCCCUCCCUCCAGGUCGAGGGGCCUUUGCUGCCACUACGUGGUACAGACUGGCAGGAUUUCCUUGAGCGACCUUCUAUCGAGGUCUUAGACUGCUUGGGUCAUAUCUCUUUCGGUCUGGACGGGGACAGUGCUGAUGUUCCCACGGCAUGGGAUAGGGCCCGCAUUGCGUUCUCCUCCGUGUGCUUGCCCGUCCGUAAGAUUCAGGCCACUGCCCGAGCGUGGUUGUCUAUUUUGGAAGAUAACCCUCCUGGUGGCGUCUUUCCCACAGUCACUUUGCAAGACAUUGCGCGUUGGAUUUUGACCGCCGAACUCGCGGAGUGGUUGGUCCCUCAGCCCACCGGCAGGGUAAGCCGGGACAACACCUUCCAAGAUGCACAAGAGGUACUGCCUGCACUACAGGUCACUGGCCUGUCACCGCCUGUCCCUGCAACGACAGGAGCUUGGACCGGUGUUAGAGUCGGAUCCUCGAAGUGGCUGUCGAGUUUUUGUCCUGUUCUUGGGUCAUCCAUCGACUUUACCCACUCAGAGUGUCUGCAGGCUUUUGCCGAGGGUGGACUUCCCUCCUUUAUCGAAGACCAUGGACUUGACACCGUCUUUGUGGUCUCUAUUGGCGCCCUCCCGACUUGGCAGGAUUGUCCACAACCUCCGGUACGCCACAAGGCCUUCAAUCCCUCGCUUGCCAAAGCCCUCCUCGCCGGUGACCUGCUGCGUUUCGUCCUCCGCCUUUGGCUCCUGGGCGUUCCUGCAGCUCUUUGCACAGAUCGGAAGGAUGCGGUUCCGUCACCAGUCUGUUCUUUGCCUUUCCUCCACUGUGUUGAGAAGAAAGGGCUGCAUCCGCUGACGGAUUCUACGCCCGAAAUGAGCGUCUUUCCCAAUGGCGAAGUGCAGCAUGUGGGUGGUGGGGCGGCCCAGAUCUGUGGAUGUGCGUCUUCUUCCGAUGAUCUGUACGACGAAUUCUGCGACGAAGCUGAGCUUUGGGCUGACUUGAACGGACUUUGGUAUCGACAGAAAGACAAUCACUGUGUCGGAGAAAUGUUCGAAGGCAGCUUGAUUUGGCAUGUACAGUGGAACUUGCCGAAGGAAGUAUCCAAUUUGCAAGUGCUUUCGCCAGAUACAAUUACUCUUGGUAUUCAAGAUGAGGUUUUACUGGGCAAAGUACAACGGCACGCGCAGACCGCAAUUCACUGGAGUGACGGGGAUGUUUGGCUACGGAAGUGA